AUGACGAGUCACCAUCUGUAAACAUGGCGUCUGACUUCAGGUGGAGACGUGUAACGCUAGUGCUCCUCCUGUGCACACAUGUAUUUUGUAUAUUAGCUAGUGACACAGCCAAAGAAAAGCCAAAGAAAAAGAAGGACAUUCGAGACUAUAACGAUGCAGAUAUGGCCCGGCUGCUGGAACAAUGGGAGGAGGAUGACGACAUUGAGGAAGGGGACCUGCCAGAGCACAAGAGAUCUCCUCCCCCUAUCGACUUUGCCAAGGUUGACCCCUCCAAGCCGGAAGAGCUGCUCAAGAUGUCCAAGAAGGGAAAGACUCUCAUGGUGUUUGCUACGGUGUCAGGAGAUCCCACCGAGAAAGAGACAGAAGAGAUCACAGGCCUGUGGCAGGGAAGUCUCUUCAACGCCAACUUUGAUAUUCAGAGGUUCGUGGUGGGCUCCAACAGGGUGAUCUUCAUGCUGCGGGACGGCAGUGUGGCCUGGGAGGUCAAAGACUUCCUCGUGGGCCAGGAGCGCUGCAUGGAUGUUACCGUGGAGGGACAGGUGUUCCCCGGGAAGGCUGCCGAGAAGCAUGAUGCCAAAUACCAGCCCCAGAAUGGAGUCAACACCAAGAAGAAGCCCAAGAAGAAGACUGAGACCAAGCCCAACUUAGAGGGGAACAGUGCCAGGCCUCUGAAACGGGAGCUCUGAUGGGAAGAGACCUUCGACAUGCAUACAGUGACAGUCUGUCAGCAAAAAGCUCUUGAGGGAGUGAGUGGACUGAUGAGCACAGUAGGCGAGACUCUCCUCCGCUUCUCCCUCAAUAAGUUGCAGAAUUGAACGAGCUUUUUCAGAUCUGUUGUAAAUCAAUGCUGGUUUCUUUACAUGUUUUGUUUUGUUCAAAUAUGAUCGGUACUUCACAUGAGACAUGUUUGAUCACAUGCAGCAGCAUUUCACACAAGAUCCUAAAGUCGCAUCUACAUUUUCUUUGAUUUUUCACUGAAUAUGAAAAUAAACCAUUUUUACUACAA